CACACCGCCAUGUCUGAACAGCACACCCACAUUCCAAUCAUGUGCUUACGCUCGGCACUAAAGCAAUCGUCGCAGCCGAACUCACCCUGUUUGCUCCCGUUAUCCUCCACGCCGUCGUCGCCACUAUUAACCCCUCUUCCUUCUUCGUUCCUCACCCCACCAGCAUCCACAUCGCGACUGCCGCCCCUCUUGUCCUCUUCAGCAUCGCUCUCGCGGUCCCCGUCAGUGAACAUGCAGCAGAACAUGGCUCAAUCUGUCGCCGGACAAGGUUACACGCCAAAAGUGUCGUUCGACACAUUCGAAAACCCCGCUGCUUCCAUGUUCUCAUUUACCCUGCACGUGCAAUCAGAUGGAUACGCUAGGAACAGAGCGACGAGGGUAUUUCUUUGUGCGUCGAGUCCAGAUGAGAGCGGGCGUUACGCCCUUGACUGGGCGCUGGAAAGUUUGGUGCAGGACGGGGAUGAGUUGAUCGUCUUCAGAGGCGUUGAUCCAGAGGAUUUGGAGAAGGAUCAUGAAGUCGUUCGAGAAGAAGCCCGUGAACUUAUGCGCCAGAUUCAGGAGAAAUGUAUCGAGUACGAUCCAGAGCGGAAGCUCUCUAUCAUCGUCGAGCUUAUUGCUGGCAAAGUCACUACAACGCUCGAGCGGUUAAUUGCCCUGUACCGCCCAGACUCAAUAGUAGUGGGAACGAGGGGCCAGCGCGGCAUGAUGCAAGCAUGGGGUGCAGCGUUCGGCGCGCCAGGUGUGGGCAGCGUGUCGAAGUAUUGCCUCUCAAAUUCCCCCGUGCCCAUCAUCGUCGUUCGCCCGGAGAGAAAGGUCAGGAAAGUACUUGCUAAGAGACGAGCCGAUCCAAAGAGAGGCACCCAUUUUGACGAGCUUACGAGGGCGAAGACGCAGAAUAUACAGAGUAUUCCUAUGUCUCCCUCUGUCACACGAGUGUGAUAUAUUUCAUUUGUCUGUUUUUCUGCGACAGUUGUACACAUUGACAGUGUACCCAUAGUCACCCUGUAUUUCUAACGCCUGAAUGGAAGUCUGCCUUCUGCUCAA